UCCUUACUGUAGAUGUUUUUGGUCUUGUUGUUGAUGGGCCUGUAGUUGCCUCAGCUUAUAUACUUGCUGUUGUUUCUGCUGGUAUUCUUGCUGUUGUUGCUGCUAAUAUUCUUGCGGUUGUUGCUGCUA